AUGGAGCCCAACAUGCACCGUGGACCUUCGAACCUUCCUACACCUCCUCCAGAUAGCAUCACAGAGGAAGAAAGAUCGAAGCCAGGCCUCAAGUUUGAUUCGGGAAUGGAUAUUGACUUUCAAAGCGACUCGUUGCACUCCCCGGUAUCAUCCGCUCAGCCGCCUGUCUCACAACUAGAGUCCACUACUUCUACUACUACUACAACGCAGACGGACUUCAAAGAAGAGAUGAAAGAUGAUUCGGAGUGGAGGAAACCUUCUGUCGAUGAUUUCGAUUUCAUGACGACCUUGGGCACCGGGACUUUCGCCAGGGUGUGGCUUGUAAAGCCUCGGAGCGUGCCGAACUCUGGCGAGGCACCUCUCUUUGCCCUAAAACAGUUGAAAAAAUCCGACAGUAAGGGAGCUAAAUUCUCUAAAUUCUCAGGAUAUGCCAGGGAAAGGCUGCAAUUUUUAUAUCUAGAGGCUGAUCUUGAAUACUCGCCAGGCGGUGAAAUCUUCGGAUAUCUACGACGAGCGCGCCGUUUUGAUUUUGCCACGACACAAUUCUAUGCAGCAGAAAUUGCGAUGAUCCUUGUAUUUUUACAUAGCCAUGGUAUCGUUUACCGAGAUCUGAAGCCCGAGAACAUCUUACUUGAUGCAAGAGGCCAUGUAAAAUUGGUAGAUUUUGGCUUUGCCAAGGUUGUCGGUGAUCGUGAGACCUACACACUUUGCGGAACACCGGAAUACCUAAGCCCUGAAGUUAUCCAGAGUAAAGGCCACGGUAAAGCUGUUGACUGGUGGGCCUUGGGAGUACUGAUAUAUGAGAUGAGUUGUGGAUUUCCUCCAUUUUACGAUAACUCUCCCUUCGCGAUAUACGAGAAGAUUGUUGCGGGACGGAUAUCGUUUCCUUCGUUAGUCCCAGAGGAAACCAAGGAUAUUGUAAGAAAACUUUGCACCAAAGAUCUAUCAGCACGGUUAGGAAACAUGCGUGGUGGCGGCCAUCAAGUGAUGGCGCACAGGUUUUUUGAUGGGAUUGAUUGGCAAGAGCUAGAAAGCCAGGUCAACCCGGGUCCCAUAAUACCACACCUUAGAUUCGCAGGCGACACAAGGUAUUUUGACCAUUACGAGCCCCCAGCACCCACAACAGACGACGAAUACCCUAAAGAAAUGAUGGAAAAGUACGAUAUACAAUUCCGGGAUUUCUAG